UUCACAAAGGACCUCCCAAAAGCCUCUCCCUCAUUUUUCUUAGCUGCCAAAGCUUUCAUCUGCUGCUAUUUCUCCACUCCACUGUUGUCUUCUCAGCAGCUCAAUUUGCUCAUCACACUCAAACACAAGGUAGCUAAGCCAGCCAGCUGCAUUUACCGCGCUCAUGGGGUUGCAAGAGAUGGCGAAGCUGCAGCUGCACCACCAUGGCGGCAUGCGAGCUGCUGGCAACGACGGCGACCAGGCAGCAGGCGGCGGCGGGGGCAGGAAGAAGGCUGCGUCGGCGGCGGUCUGGAUCGCCGUGCCGCUCAGGCCCGUCAAGGUCGGCCGCCGAAGACACGGCGGAGAGACAGAGGAGGAGCAGAAAGAAGAGGAAAAAGAGGAAGAAGAGGUGACGACGCCGAGAGGGGAAGGGUGCACGAUACCCUGGGAGGCGGCGACGUGCCCGCCGGCGCCCAAGAAGGCGAGGACGGCGGUGGCGAUCUUCGCCGACCGCCGGUGCAACCGCGACGACGGCGAGGCGGCGGAGUACUUCCGCGUGCCGGCGGACCUGGACUCCGUGUUCGCCGUCAGCCGGGUGGCCGAGGCGAACUGAUUGAUUCUUCCUACGCGCGCCUAGCGCUGAAGUGCUGCGAGUGCGAGCGAUCAAGUCCAGUUUGAAAGACAGAGACAGAGGAGAUGAUCCAAUAAUGCAGCUGUAAAAAUUUCGCAUUGUCGAUGCAAUGGAUUUAUCUUAGUUAAUUACAUCUCUUUUAUCAGUGUAAAUGUAAAUUAAUCGAGGUCGAGGAGUGCAUCUGUACUAGUA